AUGCCAAUUGGGAGGCCAAGACUGCCAGGGACAGAGGCAGAGAGGGUAGAGGCUCGAAGGGCAAAGGUCAGAGCCAAUGUCCAAGCUUUUAGAAGGCGACAGAAGGAGAAAAAGCUCGCCGAAGACAGUGCAAGCCCUGAAUCAGGGAAGGAAUCAACCCCACCAAUGCUCAUUCCUCGUUCUCAAUCUUCAUCGCCAUUGCCUCCUCUGACCAACCUAUCACUUGAAGAAAGUCAGUCCCUGGACUCAAGUGAUGUUGAGUUCAAAAAUGACCCGAAAUCGUGGCUCUGGGCCAUUGAUUCUGAGAUGGGACUGAGCAUCAGCGGCACAUCCUAUGAGGAUGAGUUCCUGACCGCAUUGCCUAGAAAAUACCAGGCAUCAAAGUCGAUCUCUGAGCAAAUGCACUGUGCCCCGAGUAAAACACUUACGAUCUGCUGUUCCACUUGGAGCACUUCAGCAACUCUGAGAAUAGGAAGUUGUGAGACAGACGUAUUGAUGGAGGCAUUAGCCGCAGCAUCUUUGGCCAUUAUCGGAAGGGAGGGGCGAGAUGAGGAGAUGGCGCUUCAAGCCGCCUAUGUUCAGAGUCGAGCGCUGAGAAGGCUGAGAAAUUCAAUCACUCAAUAUGAAGAGGGAGAUGGAAGUGUUGAUCCGAUAAUACUCUCUUUGACAGCACUCACAUGUGCCAUGUCUGAGCUGAUUGCAAAUCAAUCGUGGACCAACUUUAACAGGCAUCUGCUUGGAGUUGGGGCUUUGAUGUUUCACAGAGGCCCGGAAGCACUUGACAAGCAGUCAACCCGAGAGCAUUUUUAUGGAUAUCGUGCCGUACAGACCCCCUUCCUCUUCAUGGACCGCCAAUGGGCUUUUUUGUCCGACCCUGAAUGGAUUCAAGUCCCGUGGAAGAAAAACCUCGAGGCAGCUCAACAGCCUUUGCACUCAAUGCUCGAUAUCGCACUGUAUAUAUUGCCAGAAAUCGUCCAACAAGACAUGACAAAGAAAUGGAGGCCCUCAAUUUUGAGGGAGCGUCUUCAAAAGGCUUGGAAUGCUGUGGCAGAAUUAGACAGCUGGGAACGAAGUUUGAGAUCACAGCAUCGAAGCGGCUUAUACAACAAAAAACACGCGCUCUGGGAGGGAUUGGAGGAGGCCGCAUUUGAUUUUACCUCGUUAUGCUCAGCCAUCGCCUUCACAAUGUACACAGCCGUGAGAAUCCACGUUGCGAAUUUGAUUGCCAGCAUCUCGGACGAUCUCCUCUUACGGGAUCCUCAGACAGACGUACGUCCCCAGGCGGCUAUGCUGGAGGCGUUCCGCUGGGCUCGAAUCGCAUGCCAAUGUCUCGAAUUCUUCCACACCGGCAAACCUAAGGUCAGUGGACGCAUCAUCACUCUAUGGCCACUGGAAGCAGCCUGGGAGCUCUUUUCUCGAUUACAGGCAGACAAGUUUAUAGAGGCGUCGAAAGAGAUGGCGUGGUGUCAACGAACAGCAGAGAGGCUUUCCUCAACGGGGGUACCUCCGUUUCGGUGGAGAUGA